AUGCGCCUCUCGAGUCCUCUAAUCCUCGUGCUACCUCUGCACCUCCUCGGCUCUGGGGCUUUGCCCGUAGGAUCUGGACUGGAAUUUCUAUCGAGGGCCGAUGGAGCAGAGCUCCCGGCGCUACGUGCGGUGUCGCCAGUCCUCGCAGACAAAUACAUUCCGGUCAUCAAAAGAGAUGGAGAAGAUGCACUCCAGCUCGAGGGCCGACCUGUGGUCAAGCGAGGUGUGAGGAUGGCCCAGCUCGAGGGCCGACCUGUGGUCAAGCGAGGUGAAGCGACACCGCAGCUUGAGGGCCGACCUGUGGUCAAGCGAGGUGAAGCGACACCGCAGCUUGAGGGCCGACCUGUGGUCAAGCGAGGUGAAGCGACACCGCAGCUUGAGGGCCGACCUGUGGUCAAGCGAGGUGAAGCGAUGCCCCAGCUCGAGGGCCGACCUGUGGUCAAGAGAGCUGAAGCGACACCGCAGCUCGAGGGCCGUUCGAUGAAUAAGCGCAACCCAGAACCAUCAAUCCAGCAUGUGCACCAGAUCAUACCGCCUGGAGAAAUCGCCGGAGAUUAUUAA